AUGUCCUCCCAGAUGACAGAAAUAACGCGACGCUUCGAUCAACCAGUGCAUGAGGAGACCUUUAAGCUCGCGUCAGACGCGGGAUAUCCGGAGAACUUCCCUAGGAACGCCAAAUGGUGUCCAGAUGGUUCUGUGUUCCUGGCCCAGGCGGAGAACAGGACGUUUCAAAUCAUUGACCGCACCACGGGCAACCUUACUCCCGAUGGCGGCGGCGCCCGGACCAUUUUGCGUCAACCAGCCCCGAUCUUGGAUUAUCUGUGGUAUCCAAUGGCCUCCCGUCUAAACCCAGCCGCGUAUUGUUUCGUUGCCUCGUUACGUGCCUCGUAUAGCAUCGUCGAUCACCGGGAACGGCACAUUGCCCCUCAUAGCCUUUCUUUCAACGCCAUCGCGACAAAGCUGUACUGCGGGUUUGAAGACGCCAUCGAGGUGUUCGACGUGCAUCGACCGGGGCAAGGCGAUCGAAUUGCCACCUCUCCAGCGAAGAAGUCCAAAGAUGGCCUCAAGGGAAUCAUAUCGGCGCUAGCGUUCUGCCCGUCGUAUGACUCGGAUCUCUUCGCCGCUGGCAGCCUGUCGCCCGCGUCUGCGUUAAACUCGAACAUCGCGCUAUUCUCCGCAGAUACGGGACACGCUCUGAUGUUCGUGGGGACCGAUACUACCGAAGGCACCUCUCAUCCCUCUGUUACCCAGCUCCGAUUCAAUCCCACGCAGCCUCAUAUCCUCUACGGCGCCUUCCGUAAACGUGAUGCCAUCUACAGCUGGGACUUAAGGGGCCACGUCUCUGCUCCUGUCGCCGUAUUCCGCCGAAGCAGACCAGCGACAACAACCAGGCCGCCGGCAACAAAUCAAAAACUGCUGUUCGAUGUGGACCCGAGCGGGCAAUGGCUCAGCGUUGGAGACGAGGCAGGCUCCAUAUCGACAUUCUCCCUGACAGGAGCGCCGAUGUCGACAGAUGAAGCGACCGUCGAUGAUGCGCAAGAGGUGCCCCCCGCAUCGGUGUUCUCGGCCCACAACGAUGCUAUUGGGUCUGUCGCCUUUCAUCCAUGGGAGCCCAUGCUGUUGUCCGCGUCUGGAUCGAGGCAUUUCAGCACCGGGCUGUCGUCGGCGGUCGGCGCAGCCUCCGACUCCGACGAAUCCUCGGACGACGAAUCCAGCAACACGAGCGCAGAACAUCAGACAGGCCGGUCCUCGUUCGUCCGGCGCCGUCGAUCGAAACCCACGCCUCACACCAAGGAUGCAUCGCUGAAGCUUUGGCGGUAUGGCCCUGUCGGCGGGAAUGUUCCGGAGGAACUGAUAGAGCCAGCUCGCGAGGGUGUUGUGCAAUGAACCUUCUCCAGGAUCACCUUGCGCGUUUUCGUGUUUUCCCAGUUCCUGUCGGCUUUUCAAUGUUGCUGUGGACGGCGUCGAGGUGGACGUAUCGACGCUCUGUAGGUAUUGACGAAAAUAGCGUAUGCACUCAUUCGAACACCCAAGUGCGCAAAUUCGUGGUUUUGGUUCUGCUCAGUGCAAGACCGACAGUCAUUUCAUGCAUUACAUAUUCCGAAUAUAUUCGAUGGAACCUGC